AUGGCCUGGUAUUUAGCUGUUUUACGGUGUAGGGACAACAAUGUAACCUGGUAUUUAGCUGUUUUACGGUGUAAGGACAACAAUUAUUUUUUCCUCGGUAAAACAAGAAAACGUCACAGAAGAUCUCAUCAAGUACGUGGUCCUCCAACUUUGGAAGAACAACCUCUUGAUCAUGUGGAUGACCAGGAUGAUGGUCCACUUGAAUAUACUUUAGUAAAGGAACGAAAACAACCAAGAUCAACACCACAAAGAAGAAGACAAAAACGUGGUGGUGGCCGUGUUGAUCGACGCACUAUUAUUGAUAUUCAUUUAGAAGUAUUAAACGAAUGUCAAAAAGGGGACCUGCAUUCUACGAAGGAAGACUUCCUUAAAAUCAUUGUGGAGGAAUUUAUGGGAAGUGAAUUUAUAAAGGAGAAAAACGUUUCUAAUGUUAAUGUUCCAAAUGAAGAGGUUCCAAGUUCAGAUUCCGAGUUCGAGGUUCCACGUUUAGGUUUGAGGGAGGAAGACUUUGUUCCUAAGGAACAGGUUCCAAGUUCACAUUCUGGGUUUAGGGAAGAAGAUUUUGUUCCUAAGGAAGAGAUUCCUAAGAAAUGUGUUCCUAAGGAACAGGUUCCAAGUUCAGAUUCCGGGUUUAGGCAGGAACACUUUAUUCCUAAAGAAAAGGUUCUUGAGGAACAGGUUCCCAGGAUUGAUGUUCCUAAGGGAGGUGUACUUAUGGAACAGGUUCCAAGUUCAGAUUCCGGGUUUAGGAACGAAGACUUUGUUCCUACAGAAGAUGUUCCUAAGAAAUGUGUUCCUAAGGAACAGAUUCCAAGUUCAGGUUUAGGGUUUAGGGAGGAAAACUUCGUUCCUGAGGAACAGGUUCAAUGUUCAGAUUCCGGGUUUAGGGUGGAACACUUUGUUCCUAUGGAACAGGUUCAACGUUCAGAUUUCGGGUUUAGGGAGGAAGACUUUGUUCCUAAGGUUGAUGUUCCUAAGGAAGAUAUUCCUAAGGAAGGUGUUCCUAUGGAACAGGUUCCAAGUUCAGAUUCUAGGUUUUAG